CUCCACUCAGUAAAUUGCGACAAACCACCUCCUUCUGCUUCGUGUAUAUUUCACCCGUCUCUAUACCUAGAAACUUAUCAAUCAAGCUAACUGUCUCGCUUGACUGGGCUGUCUUUUCUUCUGAAGCUGCUCUCUUUCUCUCCUUCAACUAGGCACCUGUACUGUACCAGUGGUGCUUAUCUCUAACCCGCCAUUCAUCUCCGGUCCUUUCUUACCCCCCCUCCCCCACAAACAUUCGCUCUCAAGGCAGCCGUCAAUUUUUGAUUCCCUCCCCAUCACGGCAACCCAGCAAAGUUUCAGAGAGGUCUUUGUCAGACUCAAACAGCCUUUGUGCUGUCGUUCCUCCAUCUUCUGCUUCCCAUGGCUCACGAAAACCUCGAACUGGCCCAACAGAAUGGUGCGCCAAGCGACCAACCUCCGUUGCCACAACCCUGGCCCUUCCGUUCUGCGUCAACACCAUCAUAUGGUAGCCCGCAGAGGCAUCAUCGCCGUAACCCAGUAGUCAGGCGGCCGGUAAAGGAGACGCUCGACGCACGCUCUGAGUACACUACGAGCCAGGAUGACGGAACUGCUGAACACAGAAUCAACCAGUAUGUGAUCAAGCAAGAAAUCGGCAGGGGCUCCUUUGGAGCGGUGCACCUCGCGGUCGACCAAUUUGGAAACGAAUAUGCCGUCAAAGAAUUCUCAAAGGCUCGUCUCAGGAGACGGGCCCAGUCCCAUCUGUUGCGGAGACCACGCGGUCCGAGGCGCCCUCUGGAUGGCUACAAUUCCCCGCUGCAUCGCUAUUCGGCAGGCGUCGAGGACUACAAGCAAGAUGCCCUCUACCUGAUCAAGGAGGAAAUCGCAAUCAUGAAGAAAUUAAAUCAUAACAAUCUUGUCUCACUGAUAGAGGUCCUAGACGAUCCCACAGAGGACUCUCUCUACAUGGUUAUGGAGAUGUGCAAGAAAGGCGUGGUUAUGAAGGUUAGCCUUGAAGAAAGAGCCGAUCCGUACGAGGAUGCUCUCUGUCGCUGCUGGUUCCGUGACUUGAUUCUCGGGAUUGAAUACCUCCAUGCUCAGGGCAUCGUACACCGAGAUAUCAAACCGGACAACUGCCUGGUAACGAAUGACGACGUCCUGAAAGUUGUCGACUUCGGCGUGUCUGAGAUUUUCGAAAAGGAUUCUAACAUGUACACGGCAAAGUCUGCGGGCUCUCCUGCCUUUCUUCCUCCGGAAUUAUGUGUCGUGAAGCACGGCGACGUUUCGGGAAAAGCGGCAGAUAUAUGGUCGAUGGGCGUCACGCUGUAUUGUCUGCGCUAUGGAAAGCUUCCGUUUGAGAAGCAAAGUAUUUUCGAACUUUAUGAGGCCAUCAAGAACGACGCAGUUGUGUGUGAGGAGGAGACUGACGACAACUUUCGUGAUCUGAUCUCUCGGAUCUUGGAAAAAGAUCCGACAAAACGGAUCCCGAUGCAUGAGCUGCGAGAGCAUCCAUGGGUAACAAAAGACGGCUUGGACCCUCUUCUGUCAGAAACCGAGAACACAGCGGAGAUAAUCGACCUUCCGACCGAGGAGGAGAUGAAUUCAGCUAUCACUAGGACUAUCGGGCAUGUCAUGGCUGUAAUCAAAGCCGUGAAGCGCUUCAAAAGACUACUUGAUCCAGCAAAGAGCGAUCCUCCAAUGCAGAGUAUUCUCGGUCAGGAGUACGAGAACCAUUUCGUAGAGCCCCCACUGGAAAUGGAGCCAGGAGAGAGCUUUGCAACUGGCCACUUGGGUGCGAAGAGCAAGGCUCAAAGUUUAAACACAUACAACAGGACAGCUUGGGAGCAGCAUUACGCCUUGAAAGAGCCUCACGGUCAGACCGAAGAAUCAACUCACAACCAACCGUCAGGUGGCGGUCAACAACUCCCCACAGAGGAUCCCACCACUGUCAGCAGUUGCAGAAUUGGUACGGAAGACGCGCCAGAGAGCAAGGACUCGGGCUCCGUACGCAAUAUCAAUGUUCGAGGAGGAUUCAUUGACGACCCGCAACCCACCUCUACGCCACAGUCUCCGUCUCCUUUCAUACCACUAUCCCGAGCAAGCUCAGCAACAACCAAGCGCAGCGUUGAGGGGACGCGCGGACAUGCACGCGACCCUCUCGAAGAAGAAUUCCCCUUCCUCUUCAUUGGGCCGUCAACUUAUACGGGCUCCCCUUCGAGCGAAGGAUGUGACUAUGCAGUGAAUCAUCUCAUUCCUGAAGAACCAGGGAAAAUGGCUGAGGAUCUGGCCGAUGUGGAUACCGCCAUAGACCUCGACCUAAACGCUGAUAUGGCCUGUCCGAUCGUGAGCGAGUCCCCUGGUGCUGCGGAAUUCGAUAUCUAUGAGACUGCCUACCGACAGGAAAUCGAGCGGAUUCGAGCACCCAGCUUUCCUCGCAAGGGCAGAGAGCCCAAAGUGUACUUGACCCGUCGCGUAGAAGGUAAAGACGAUGUGAUGAAGCUGGUGGGUGAGAACGCCACAAAGUUGGGGCCAAUGUUCGGUGUGAAGAAAACAUCUAGCUCUGGAUUGGCUUCUGCUGUGAGUGCAAUCAGGCUGCAACUGGAACAACAGGAGAGAGUAAAAUCCUCGGAUGUACUGCCGUUGGCUACUGCAGCCGGAGUCACUACGACGGACACAUCGAACCCCGAGCGCUCUGCAUCUCAUUUACGAAACAUAGUCGACCGAGUCAGAAAAUGUGCAGAUCCAUGAGAGAAUGGAGGGUGGCAUUUCACUAGCAUUAACUGUGGCCUCAACAACAAUAGAUGACUAGUGGAAUGGUCUGUACAUGGAUCCAUACUGUGCACUGUCUUAAAAAAAUCUGACCUCGUCGCAUUGGUAGGUGCUUUUUCUCUCCCUUGCACACCAGCUGUGUAGCAUCAAGGACUGGGCUGAAUGCUGUGCUCUUAUAUAACACCAUGCAAUAAUUAGUAUCAUACAAGUAAUCAAGUAUGUGACAUAGAGAAGCG